UGGUGGGCGGCCGCGGGGCUGCGCGCGUCAGACUUCCCGGGGCCGCUCCGGCCCGGGCGGCGAGGGGGCCCGGCGGUCCAUGCAUCCGCCGCCACCCGUCGCCGCGAUGGAUUUCAGUCAGAACAGCCUGUUCGGCUACAUGGAGGACCUGCAGGAACUCACCAUCAUCGAGAGGCCGGUCCGCCGGAGCCUCAAGACACCAGAAGAAAUAGAAAGAUUGACCGUUGAUGAAGACCUCAGUGAUAUUGAAAGGGCUGUUUAUCUGCUCAGUGCUGGUCAAGACAUCCAAGGAACAAGUGUGAUCGCAAAUCUUCCAUUUCUGAUGCGACAGAACCCUGCUGAGACGCUUCGGAGAGUCUUGCCAAAAGUCAGAGAAGCCCUGCUUGUGGCAGGAGUGGAAAUGCAGUUAACGGCUGCGGUAUCAUUUUUGACCAUUCUCCAGGAGGAGUCAGUGUCAGUUCAUACGUAUGCCCACUCCUUCCUCCAAGUCAUUCUGCUACAUCUGGAGCACAGGGAUGCAGGUGUCAGCAACGCAUGGCUGGAAACUCUUCUGUCUGUGAUAGAAGUAUUGCCCAAAGAAACCCUAAGGCAUGAGAUUUUGAAUCCACUUGUUUCCAAGGCACAACUUUCCCAAACAGUCCAGUCUCGUUUAGUUAGUUGUAAAAUUUUAGGAAAAUUGACCAACAAAUUUGAUGCCCAUGCCAUUAAAAGAGAAAUACUUCCCUUGGUAAAAUCACUCUGUCAAGAUGUAGAAUACGAAGUUCGAUCUUGUAUGUGUCGGCAAUUAGAAAAUAUAGCUCAGGGCAUUGGGACAGAACUUACAAAAAGUGUCGUGCUCCCUGAGUUAAUAGAACUUUCUAGGGAUGAAGGCAGCAGUGUGCGGCUCGCAGCUUUUGAAACUUUGGUUAAUCUGCUCGACAUAUUUGAUACAGAUGACAGAAGUCAAACUAUACUUCCCUUAGUGAAAUCAUUUUGUGAAAAAUCUUUCAAAGCAGAUGAAUCAAUUCUUAUUUCCUUAUCUUUCCAUUUAGGAAAACUAUGCCACGGACUAUAUGGAAUUUUUACUCCAGAUCAACACUUGAGAUUUUUGGAGUUUUAUAAGAAACUUUGUACAUUGGGUUUGCAACAAGAAAAUGGACACAAUGAAAACCAGAUCCCACCCCAAAUCUUAGAGCAAGAAAAGAAAUAUAUUUCAGUACGGAAGAACUGUGCUUAUAACUUUCCGGCCAUGAUUGUUUUUGUUGAUCCUAAAAACUUCCACAUGGAACUCUAUUCUACAUUCUUCUGCCUUUGUCAUGACCCUGAAGUACCAGUCAGAUACACUAUUGCUAUUUGCUUUCAUGAAGUGUCUAAACUUCUGAAUUCUGGAGUAUAUUUGAUACAUAAAGAACUAAUAACAUUAUUACAAGAUGAGUCAUUGGAGGUACUAGAUGCUCUCAUAGAUCAUCUUCCAGAAAUCCUGGAACUUAUGUCUACUGGUGGAGAAAGCAGUGUUCAAGAAAAUAAGUUAUCAUCUCUGCCUGACUUGAUUCCAGCUCUCACAGCUGCUGAGCAGCGAGCUGCAGCCUCGUUAAAGUGGAGAACUCACGAGAAGCUGCUCCAGAAAUAUGCCUGUCUGCCACAUGUCAUAUCAAGUGAUCAGAUUUAUUAUCGUUUCUUACAAAGAAUGUUCACAGUCAUGAUGACAAAUAAUGUCUUACCUGUCCAAAAGGCCGCUUCACGAACUCUGUGCAUUUUUCUACGUUAUAAUCGUAAACAAGAACAGAGACACGAGGUCAUUCAAAAAUUAAUUGAACAAUUGGGCCAAGGAAAAAGUUACUGGAAUAGACUUCGAUUUUUGGAUACUUGUGAAUUUAUUAUAGAGAUCUUUUCCAAAUCAUUUUUCUGUAAAUAUUUCUUUCUACCUGCUAUUGAACUGACACAUGAUCCGGUAGCAAAUGUGAGAAUGAAACUUUGCUACUUGUUGCCCAAAGUGAAAUCUACUCUGAAGAUCCCUGCAGAUAAGCAUCUCCUUCAACAGUUAGAAAUGUGUGUGAGAAAACUCCUCUGUCAAGAAAAAGAUAAAGAUGUUCUGGCUAUUGUGAAGAGAACUGUGUUAGAAUUGGACAGAAUGGAAAUGUCUAUGGAUGCUUUUCAGAAAAAGUUUUAUGAAAAAGAUUUGCUGGAUCAAGAGAAAGAAAGAGAAGAGCUGCUUCUUUUGGAAAUGGAACAAUUAGAAAAAGAGAAGCAACAAAGUGAUGGAAGGCCCAUGAGCGAUAAAGCCUUUGAAAAGAAACGUAGAGACACCAAAACUCCAACGACUCUGCCCAAGAGCAUCCCCGUUGCUGUUCCUGGACCCUCGUCUGCCACCUCAUCCACAAGCAAAGAAAUCAAGAAGUCCAAAUUGAUUCGAAGCCAGUCUUUUAAUAAUCAAGCUUUUCAUGCAAAAUACGGCAACUUAGACAAGUGUGCUAGUAAAAGUUCUACAGCAACAUACACACCUUCCGUCUCAGGGUUAGGAAAGACUUCUGUGAUUUCACUGACUGAUGAUUCAUUCCGGACUCGUAAUGCCAGUAGUGCUCCGAGUUCCUUUUCUGCUAAUUCUUCCCUGCCUAGCACCUCCCGGGUGACAGGUAACUCAGUUGAUCCAAAGAGCAGUGGAAGUAAAGACACACAACCACGGAAGGCUACCUUAAAAUCCAGAAAAUCCAAUCCUUAGAUCAUCUGCUUGAUGGAGGCAAAACAAAGACAGCUGGAGACAAUGUGAUUGAUGGACAAAAGCUAAAGCAAUGGCUGGGGCUUUUUUUUUUUUUUUUAACGAAUGGAAAA